GAAACCUUCCAAGCAAACGGUUAUACAUAGAAACAAAAACCCAUAAAAACCAGUUCAAAUAAGAAUAGUAUUAGAUAGAAAAAAACUUUGAAAAUGAGUGCUAAAAUGAAGUUGUUGUAUGAGAAUCAGCUUCUGAAAAUGCCACCAGGCACGGUUCAGAAUAUAAGGAAGAUCCAUGACCUGGAUAAGCCCGAAAGAUUGGAUGAAGCUAUCAAAAUCCUGGAUGACUGGAUACAGAAACAGGAUCAUUUGGUCAAGAAAGAUUUCAGCAAGGUGUAUUUGGAGAAGACCCUGAUAUCGUGCAAGGGUUCCGUGGAGAAGGCGAAGAAGCAAAUCGACCGUUUAUGCACAAUGAAAACACUCAUACCAAAAUUCUUCUCAAAAACCAACGUGAAGGAGGAGCUGCAGAACAUUUUGAAAGUAGCUUGCCUGAUACCGCUGCCUACACCGACAGAUGAUUACUACCGAGUUCUGCUGGUUAAAAUACGAAGUUUCGACUUAACUUCAGAAAGUUUUAUGCUGUAUUUCCAAUACUGUUUAAUUCUAUGCGAGUACAUAAAAGCCAACGAUUACGUGAACGGUUUCAUCAUAAUAUAUGAUUGUCGAGAGCUCAAUAUGUUUGAUGUUGUGUCUAAAAUGAGCACUGUGGAGCUGCAGCAAUUUAUCACUAUAUUGGUUGAAGGCUAUGGCGCCAGGAUGAAAAGUAUUAACAUUGUGACAGAAUCCAAGGCCGUGGAGCUGAUUAUAAACACAGUGAAACAAUUUAUAAGUGAAAAGGUGGGCAACAGAAUGAGCGUUCAGCGUACAUUAGAAGAUUUACAAAAAGUUAUUCCGAAGCAUAUCUUGCCUGUCGAAUAUGGAGGGACUGAGAAAUCUGUUGAGGUUUUGCAAGAUGAAAUGGUAGAAGAAUUGAGUAAAGAAGAAUACGUGGAUUACGUGAAAAUGAUGUUCAGCGCUCGCACUGAAGAAGGGAAGAGAAACAUAGGAAAGUUCAAUGAGGAAUACCUAGGCAUGCCUGGAUCUUUCAGAGCUUUGAGUGUUGACUAAAUUCUUAUUUUAUGAUCUUUAAUGAUGUACAUUUAUUCUUAUUAGAUAAGAUGUAGCUAGCUUGGUGCUGUGACUUUACUUGUGUUACUGACAUAAUUUUCGUUUUCAAAGGAUUGGUUUGUUUCGGCCUCUAUCACACCUGGAUGGAGCAAUCCUACCCAUAAGUAAUCUUUUCACUUGGACCUCGAAUACAUCUUUUGGGGAAUACAGACUCUGGUAAAUAAUUCCAAUCUUUAGCGGUUGUGGACGAGAACAGUUAUUUAGUAUGGAGCCAAAUAGCUGUGCUAUCCCAUCAAAUCUGGGAUGC